UUUCCCCAUUUUUGAGAACCCUUACCCCAUGGACAUCCACGAAUCUCAUGUCACCUGCACGGCCUACUUUGCUGAGUGCCCUCCUGACAUCAUCCCCGUCCUCUACUCCAUAGGAGCCAAGCAGAAGAAGACAGGCUACAGCCACAAGGUACGCUACAGGUCAUAGGUCAGACAAAGCUAAAACAAAAAAAGCUAAAUUCAAAUCCUGAACUUAUUUAAAAAUCCAUGACCAACUGUCUUAUUCCUGGCAGGAGUGGCCAGUGAGUGGCGGUACAUGGACGAUAGGUUCACAGACCUACCCAGAGGUCAUCGUCACAGGGUGAGUCAGUUGGUUCCAUACUGUUGGAGAACUAUCACGCAGUGGGCUGGUUCUAUUCAUUCAGACGGGAAGUAAGGAGACUUUGUUGUGUGUGAACUAUCACGCAGUGGGGCUGGUUCUAUUCAUUCAGACAGGAAGUAAUAAAGGUUUCCUAUGCUCCCCUGGUGGUUGUCAAUGAUAAAAGCAGUAGAGUCUCGUUCAGUAUUGGACAUAGACCGUAUUCUUGACCUUUUCCCCUGUCUUCCAUUCUUUAUGCAGACACGCAGACGGAACCGUAAAGUUUUGGGAUGCCUCUGCUAGUAAGUUUUCUCCCCGUCUCUCUCCCACCCUGUUCUCACGUUGAAUAUCAACAACACUGACACUACUAUAACUCUCAUCAACAAUACUAACACUACUAUAACUCUCAUCAACAAUACUAACACUACUAUAACUCUCACCAACAAUACUUACACUACUAUAACUCUCACCAACAAUACUAACACUACUAUAACUCUCAUCAACAAUACUAACACUACUAUAACUCUCUUCAACAAUACUAACACUACUAUAACUCUCAUCAACAAUACUAACACUACUAUAACUCUCACCAACAAUACUAACACUACUAUAACUCUUAUCAAGAACACUGAUUCUAAUUACAUAAGAACUCAAUUUAUAUAUGUAUAAACUUGACUUGUUUGUGUGACCAGUUACCCUCCAGAUGCUGUACAAGCUGAAGACGUCUAAGGUGUUUGAGAAGCCCAAGGCGGGUGAAGGCCGGGCGGGUGAGCUGGCAGAGGAGGACCCCUACGCCGUUCAGAUGGUCAGGUGGUGCCCGCAGAGCCGUCUCUUUUGUGUGGUGGGCAUCUCUGCCCACGUCAUCCUCUAUCGCUUCAGCAAACACGACGCCGACACACAGAUGGUGGUGAGUGGAGGAGGGAAGUUUCCUAAACCCGCUUCCCCAGUCAAUACACCUGAUUCGACUUAUAAAAAAGACUUGAUGAUUAGUUUACUUGUUGAACGAGAUGUUCUUGUUGUGAAUUGACAAGGUGUGUGUUUGUGUGGGCAUUCACAGCUGAUCUCAAAUCAAAUCAUAUCAAAUUGUAUUUGUCACAUACGCGUGUUUGGCAGAUGUUAUUGCGUCUGCAGCGAAAUGCUUGUGCUUGUAGCUCCGACAGUGCAGUAAUAUCUAACAAGUAAUAUCUAACAAUUUCACCACAUAUACCCAAUACACACAAACCUAAGUAAGGAAUGGAAUUUAAGAAUAUAUACAUAUAUAGACAAGCAAUGACAGAGCUGCAUGGACUAAGAUACAGUAGAAUAUUAUAGAAUAGAAUACAGUAUAUACAUGAGAUGAGUAAUGCAAGAUAUGCAAACAUUAUUAAAGUGAUCUGUGUGUGCAUGUGUUUCCCUGUAAAUCAUUUCACUGUAAAUAUAUAGCCUACCCACAUAAAAUAAAUACUGCAGUUUACUAUAGAAUACUAAAGUACUUACUAUAUAAUUCUGUAGUAAACUGUAGCAUACUGUAAAAUGCUAUACUACAUACUGUAGUGUCCCUCGGUCAUGUGAAGUACUUACUAUAGAAUGUUGUAGUAUAGAUUACUACAGUAUUGUACACAUAAAACACUGUAGUAAAUACUACAGAAAUGUCCGCAAAAAAACACUACACUUCGCAAAAACACGAAACAUUUGUAACUAUAGGUAGAACUACAGUAUUUGAUUUGCAUAAACCCUGUCCCUGUCCCCUCCCCCAAUAUCCCAAUUUGUGCCACCCAUAAGUGAGAAACCCACAUGCCAAGUAUAGACCAUAUACUGUGUUCCAUACAGGUUAUAGAAAAGAGCAGAAGCUCUGAACUCUCUGUUUCAGAACACAGUCCUACCUACAGGUUAAGGAAAACCUUCUAUUUUAAUAUUUCUCCAGUAUGUUUCCUCAAGGAGAAAGCCUCCACUUCUAUGCCAAAGAUAAUAAAGCAAAAAACGACUUAAGUAAAUACUACAGUAAUGUCCCCAGAAACACUACAGUAAAUACCACAGUAUACUACAUCCUGCAAAAACACUACAGUAAUUACUAUAGUAUAUACUACUCUUUUUUUUACUACAGUAUUUAUACUAUAGUAAACUGUAAAGAAUACAGUAUGCUGCAGUAAAUACUACAGUAAUCCGCAAAAACACUACAGUGAAUAGUCCAGUAUUCCUAUCAUAGUAUGCACUAUAGUAUUUCUUCAUGUGGGUAUGAAUUGCAUUGUAUCAUUCUGUGAUUUUCUAUAUUAUGUAUUUUGUAUUUUUAAGCAAAUGCAUUUUCCCCACGGUGGGAUAAUAAAGUUGAUCUAAUCUAAUCUAAUUGACAGUCGCUAGAAGUGCGUCUGCAGUUUGAUUCGGAGGACGUCAUCCCCCUGUCAGAGACAGAGAACAACCCGUGUUUCUCGGACCCCAGUUCCAAAUCCCCCAAGACGCCCGGUAGCCCCGGCAACGGCUCACAAGACAGCCUCCCCUGCCUCAAGUGAGUCACUCCUGUUAGACACCUCAACAGGGUCUACCAAGGUGUCGCUGUGAUGGUAAAAUUGUUUUAUGCGAAGCUCUCUCUCUCCUUCUGCAGUAACUUUCAAACUCCCUUCCCCCUCUAUCUCCCCAUCCCUCUCUGUAUGUCAGGGUGAAGAAUCGUCCAGUGCGUAUGCCCCCGGGGUACCAGGCUGAGUUGGUGGUGCAGCUGCAGUGGGUAGAUGGAGAGCCCCCCCAGCAGAUCACCAGCCUGGACAUCAACUCUGCCUACGGGCUGUGAGUGACUCUAUGUGUCUCUAAACCCUUUCCACCUUUCACUUCCACACCUCACGCCAUCCAUCUCUCCCUCACACUCUGUUGUUUUCCAUUCACACACACACACUCUCCUCUCCCCGCCCCUCCAUCUGUCUGUCUGUCCCCUGUUCUCAUGUUCUCUCAUUCCUUUUCUGUCUAUCUCUCCAUCUCUCCAUCUCUCCAUCUAGCCCUUUCUUUCUUUCUUUAUUUUGUUCUAUGUCUAUAUAACACAAACACACACAAUCAUGUUUUCAUUUCCCUCCCCUCCCCAUUUCCCUCUCUGCCACCUUCUCUCUGUCCCUCUCUGUCUCUGACUAUGUCCCUCUCUGUCUCUGACUUUGUCCCUCUCUGUCUCUGUCUCUGUCUCUGUCUCUGUCUCUGUCUCUGUCUCUGUCUCUGUCUCUGUCUCUGUCUCUGUCUCUGUCUCUGUCUCUGUCUCUGUCUCUAUCCCUCUCUGUCUCUGUCCCUUUCUGUCUCUGUCUAUGUCCCUCUCUGUCUCUGUCCCUCUCUGUCUCUGUCCCUUUCUGUCUCUGUCUCUGUCUCUGUCUCUGUCUCUGUCUCUGUCUCUGUCUCUGUCUCUGUCUCUGUCUCUGUCUCUGUCUCUGUCUCUGUCCCUCUAUGUCUCAGUCCCUUUCCGUCUCUGUCCCUCUCUGUCUCUGUCUCUGUCUCUGUCCCUUUCUGUCUCUGUCCCUCUCUGCUCUGUCCCUGUCCCUCUCUGUCUCUGUCUCUGUCCCUCUCUGUCUCUGUCCCUCUCUGUCUCUGUCCGUUUCUGUCUCUGUCCCUUUCUGUCUAUGUCCCUUUCUGUCUCUGUCCCUCUCUGUCUCUGUCCCUCUCUGAUUCUCUCUGUCCCUCUCUGUCUCUGUCCCUCUCUGUCUGUCUCUGUCCCUCUAUGUCUGUCUCUGUCCCUCUCUGUCUGUCUCUGUCCCUCUCUGUCUCUGCCUCUGUCUCUGUCCCUCUCUGUCUCUGUCUAUGUUCCUUUCUGUCUCUGUCCCUAUCUGUCUCUGUCCCUGUCCCUUUCUGUCUCUGUCCCUCUCUGUCUCUCUCUGUCUCUGUCCCUUUCUGUCUCUGUCCCUUUCUGUCUAUGUCCCUUUCUGUCUCUGUCCCUCUCUGUCUCUGUCCCUGUCCCUUUCUGUCUCUGUCCCUCUCAGUCCCUCUCUGUCCCUCUCUGUCUCUGUCCCACUCUGUCUGUCUCUGUCCCUCUCUGUCUGUCUCUCUCCCUCUCUGUCUCUGCCUAUGUCUCUGUCCCUGUCUGUCUCUGUCUAUAUCUAUGUCCCUCUCUGUCUGUCUCUGUCUAUCUCCCUUUCUGUCUCUGUCUCUUUCUCUGUCCCUUUCUGUAUCUGUCUCUGUCCCUGUCCGUCUCUGUCUGUCUCUGUCCCUCAUAAUUUUAUUCAUCAGCCCAGCUGCUAUUUUCCAAUAAAUGGAAUAAAGCAAACGCCUAAAUGCAUGGCAUAUAAUCAAUGUUUUUCUUCUGUUUCACACUAAUAUACAGUUGAAGUCGGAAGUUUACAUACGCUUAGUUUGGAGUCAUUAAAACUCGUUUUUCAACCACUCCACACAUUUAUUGUUAACAAACUAUAGUUUUGGCAAGUCCGUUAGGAUUACUUGCAUGACACAAUACAUUUUUCCAACAAUUGUUUACAGACUGAUUAUUUCACUUAUAAUUCACUGUAUCACAAUUCCAGUGGGUCAGAAGUUUACAUACACUAAGUUGACCGUGCCUUUAAACAGCUUGGAAAAUUCCAGAAAAUGAUGUCAUGGCUUUAGAAGCUUCUGAUAGGGUAAUUGACAUAAUUUGAGUCAAUUGGAGGUGUACAUUUACAUUUUGCAGAUGCUCUUAUCCAGAGCGACUUACAGUUAGUGAGUGCAUACAUUAUUUUCUUCAUACUAGCCCCCCGUGGAAAUCGAACUCACAACCCUGGCGUUGCAAACGCCAUGCUCUACCAGCUGAGCUACAUCCCUGCCGGCCUUUCCCUCCCCUACCCUGGACGACGCUGGGCCAAUUGUGCGCCGCCCCAUGGGUCCCCCGGUCGCGGCCGGCUACAACAGAGAGAUCUCUAGUGGCACAGCUAGCACUGCGAUGCAGUGCCUUAGACCACUGCGCCACUCGGGAGUGUACCUGUGGAUAUAUUUCAAGGCCUACCUUCAAACUCAGUGCCUCUUUGCUUGACAUCAUGGGAAAAUCAAAAGAAAUCAGCCAAGACCUCAGGAAAAAAAUGGUAGACCCCCCACAAGUCUGGUUCAUCCUUGGGAACAAUUUCUAAACGCCUGAAGGUACCAUGUUCAUCUGUACAAACAAUAGUACGCAAGUAUAAACACCAUGGGACCACGCAGCCGUCACACUGCUCAGAAAGGAGACACGUUCUGUCUCCUAGAGAUGAACGUACUUUGGUGCGAAAAGUGCAAAUCAAUCCCAGAACAACAGCAAAGGACCUUCUGAAGAUACUGGAGGAAACGGGUACAAAAGUAUUUAUAUCCACAGUAAAACGAGUCCUAUAUCGACACAACCUGAAAGGCCGCUCAGCAAGGAAGAAGCCACUGCUCCAAAACCGCCAUAAAAAAGCCAGACUACGGUUUGCAACUGCACAUGAUCAUACUUUUUGGAGAAAUGUCCUUUGGUCUGAUGAAACAAAAAUAGAACUGUUUGGCCAUAAUGACCAUCGUUAUGUUUGGAGGAAAAAGGGGAACUUGCAAGCCGAAGAACACCAUCCCAACCGUGAAGCACGGGGGUGGCAGCAUCAUGCUGUGGGGGUGCUUUGCUGCAGGAGGGACUGGUGCACUUCACAAAAUAGAUGGUCGCAAAUGGGUCUUCCAAAUGGACAAUGACCCUAAGCAUACUUCCAAAGUUGUGGCAAAAUGGCUUAAGGACAACAAAGUCAAGGUAUUGGAGUGGCCAUCACAAAGCCCUGACCUCCAUCCUAUAGAAAAUUUGUGGGCAGAACUGAAAAAGCGUGUGCAAGCAAGAAGGUCUACAAAUCUGACUCAGUUACACCAGCUCUGUCAGGAGGAAUGGGCCAAAAUUCACCCAAAAUGUUUGACCCAAGUUAAACAAUUUAAAGGCAACGAUUCCAGAUACUAAUUGAGUGUAUGUAAACUUCUGACCCACUGGGAAUGUGAUGAAAGAAAUAAAAUCUGAAAUAAAUCAUUCUCUCUACUAUUAUUCUGACAUUUCACAUUCUUAAAAUAAAGUGGUGAUCGUAACUGACCUAAGACAGGGAAUUUUUACUAGGAUUAAAUGUCAGGAAUUGUGAAAAACUGAGAUUAAAUUGAUUUGGCUAAGGCGUAUGUCAAUUUACGACUUCAACUGUAUGUUUCAUAACACCCAGACUCAUCUAUAAUUUAAGCGCAGCAGAAGGAAGCUGUAAUCAGUGAAACAUGAUUCAAAAAGUAGGAAAAAUGUGUCUUGUAUGCGCUGGUUUGCUGGAAAAGAGCCUGUUUUGACAGAGGAGAGAAGCUUUUAACUGAUUCUCUACAGUUAAUCAAUAGAUGGCCUCAAGGCAAUUUACAAACUUAUGUUCUCCAGAGUUGGUAGAAAAAGCUGAUACAUCCGCAGCUCUUUAUACAAAGAGUGUACAGUGCUGGAGGAAUACACAGUAAAGGUCACUAACCUAGCUCCCCAAAAGCUAUUCAAAUGUUAAAGUGGGUUUUAAUAAUCUCUUCUGUUUGUUCUGUGUCCUCUCUAGGCACUGGUAGGUCUUCACCCCACACAUACACUGGGAUUAUGUUACAAUGUCUCUACAUCUGCAUACCACUUGGUAUGAAGAAGCAAUGUAUUGAGCUGCAUUCUAACCGAUAUUCUAGUGUUGACAUUGGAAUCAAUGUAUGUUUCUCGGAACUGGAGUGAUGACAUGUCUUCCUACAGUAUGUAAUGCUGUAUGAACAAGGUUGUUAUUGGCACAAUACAGGAAAUCAUGCAGGUGGAUGCUUUACCAGUCCAUUUAAAUGAUUAUGCUUUACCAGUCCAUUUCAAUGGUUAUGCUUUACCAGUCCAUUUCAAUGAUUAUUCAACAUUUAAAUGUGGAACACAUACUAUUCCCAAAUUUGCAGGGUCAGAAAAUGUAGAAUCCCUGAUCCCAUGAUCUCUGAAUAAUGUUUGUAUGCGAGGAUGUCUCCUGAAUACUGCCCGUGUGAUUACCUGUGUGUUUUAUAAGGGUUUAAUGGACAGACGAGCUUCUGGUAAAUUGCAUUACCAUAUUCCAUUAUUCAAUGGGUUGUUACCAUACAUAAUGUUGUCCUAGGUAGACUGGGUUUGUCCAUAAUAUAUUCCCCUACACUCUAAGAAAAAAAUUGUUCCAAAAGGCUUUUUUGGCUAUCCACAUAGGAGAACACUUUUUGGUUCCAGGUAGAAACCUUUUGGGUUCCAUGUAGAACCCUCUGUAGAAAGGUUUCUACAGUGGUUCUUCCUUUAAAGGUUUCGAGCUUAUGGUAGAUGGUGGCAGAUUGUGGUAAAUUGUGUCAUUCUGUCAUUGCACCACACUGUCACAAGGGGGAGUUAGAACGCUGAUCUAUCGGUAGUCUAAAAUGUGGCACAAAUUGACUAUCUUUUCAUAAAUUAAUGGAGGUGUGAAUGUUUCUGUCCGGAGAGUCUCUCUUCUCUGGCACUAGAGUCCUGCAUCAGGCAACAACAAAACAAUUGUUGCCGGUUGUCCUGGAGUUGAGAGAGAACUUGGGUAAAUACAAUGGCGCAUUUACACUUGACAUGUGGACUGAUGAUUUUCUUAAAAAAUAGACACGGUGGGCUUUUGGUUUCUCUCCCUCUAAAAACAGAAAUAAAUAAUUCUAAAUAACAAACUGGCUUUAUUUACAACAGUGUGAAAGAGUGAUAGCCCCUCUAUAUAAAGUGAGUUUCUGAAACACGGAGUCCUUUACUGAUGUGAAGAAGAAACUGAAUGAAAGAGAGUCCAGGGAGGAUAGGGAGUCCAGGGAGAACAGGGAGGAUAGGGAGUCCAGGGAGAACAGGGAGGACAGGGAGGAUAGGGAGGACAUGGAGGACCAGGGAGGAUAGGGAGUACAGUGGGACAGGGCUGAUAGUUAGUACAGGUGCUAAUAUGGAGGACAGGGAGGACAGUGUUAUGAUAGGUAUGACAGGGGAUGACAGUGAUGAUAGGGAUGACCGGGAGGACAGGAGGACAGGGAGGUACAGGGAGAGAGUGAAGGACAGAGGAGGACAGGGCGGACAGUUGAGGACAGGGAGGAGAGGGAGGACAUGAGACAGGGAGGUGACGGUAUGAUAUUUAUUACAGGGUAUUAGAUGGAUUAACAUUGAAGGACAGGGAUGGACAGUAGGACAGUGAUUAGAGGGAUGUAGAGGGAUGACAUUUAGUACAUUUGAUUACCGUUAUGAUAUGUAGUACAUUUCGUACAGGUAGUACAUUGAUGACAUGGAGUGAGGGAGGACAGGGAGGACAGUGAUGACAGGGAGGAGAUGGAGGACAGGGAGGACGGGAGGACAGGGAGGACAGGAGGCGGAGGACAGGGAGGACAGUGGAGGAGAGGGAUGACAGGGAGAACAUGGGAUACAUGGAGGAGAGGUAGGACAGUUAUGUAUCGGGAGGACAUGGAGGACAGGGAGGGACAGGGAGAACAGGGAGGACUGGAGUACGGGAGGACAGGAGAGAGGGAGGACCGGGCAACAGGAGACAGGGAUGAUAGGGAGGACAGGGAGAGAGGGAGGACAGGGAGGCAGGGAGGAAGCUGGAGGACAGUGAGGUCAGGGAUGACAGUGGAGGGAGAUGGAGACCGGGAUGUGGGAGAGGUAGUACCUUGAGGAGAUUUAUUACCCUGUGAGGACAGUUAUUUACAGAGUAUUACCUUUAUUCUAGUUUAUUACAGAUUUCCAUUAUGACACUUUAGUGCCAGUUCUUGCAUCUUUCUUACACUGUAUCACUUUACUUCCUGUAGUAAAUGUUCUUCACAUUUCUUAUCUUUCUAUCCUUUCUCAACACUUUCGUUGGUUACCUUGCUUCUCUUCUCUUCCCUUUCGUUCUUUCUCACCUUUUCUUCCUUUCGUACAGGGAAGGAGGGGAGGACAUGGAGGGCAGGGAGGACAGGUAGGCGAGGGAGGACAGGGAGGAGAGGGGAGGACAGGAGGACAGGUCUGACAGGAGGAGAGGGAGGACCGAGGUGACAGGGGAGGAUAUGGGGGACAGGGAGGACAGGGCGGACAGGGAGGACAGGGAGAUAUUCGUCCCGCCUUUCUUAACCACAACACCUGCUUUCUUCCCCUUUAUUAGGAGGGAGGACAGGAGGAGCAGGUAGGGAAAUCAUUGAGGACAGGGAUGGAGAGUGGGACAAGGAUGACGAGGUAGGACCGGUGAGUAGAAAUGUAUUACUUGAUUACAUUUUUUAUACAGUUGUAGCAGUGAUUUCUAUUUAUUACAUGUUUACGAUGUAUUAUCAUUUAUUACAUAUGUGACAGGUAGUAUAGUUUUGGACAGUGAGGACAUUUAGGGCCAGGGAGACAUGUAAGCCAUUGGAGACAUUAGGACAUGGAGGAUAGGGUGUACAUGGAGUACCUUUUAUUGUACAUUCUUCCAAAGGGAGGUUGUAAAAAUAUUGCCUAUAUUUUCAAGACCUGAGCUACUUCAUUUAUUUAUGAAAUGUACUUUCACACAUCCAUUAAUUUACAAAAGGAUAUUCUAAUAGCUCGGCUAGGUGUGAAAAAUCCCCCAAUAUGUGCCAGAGUUUAGACUACUGAUAAAUGCUGCUGUCAGUCAAGAGUUGAGUCCUAUUGCAAAGUGUAGCCUAAUGGCCAAAAAAAGGACAAACUUGCAAUGUAUUAAAUGCUUAAAUACUCAAAAGUUUUACAUUUCAAACUCUAUAUCACAGACCAGAUUAACCCCUACAAAUAUAUUUAAUUUAUUAUAAUCCACAUAAUAAUUGCUAAAUACAUUCAGAAAGAAUGUGUCUUUAACCCUGCAUUAUAAUUUAAGCAAAUGUAAUAUAUUUGUUGAAGCUUGGCCUAUUUAGUAGGCUAUUUUGCAGCAUAAAUCUAUAUUUGUCAGCAGAAGGCUGAGUGACUCAUUCGUGGCUUUGGAUCAAAAUAAAUAAGUACCAACAUUCUUUCUGAUCGUCUUUAAUAAAUAAAUGUUUUGACCAAGUUAAUCUGCUCAUGUUGUGUGUGUUCAAUUAUUUGUGACAUUGUGGUUACAAUGAAGAAUGUAAACAAAAUAAAUCAAAAAUACUUAUUUUUUUGUAAGAUUUUAUUUUAUAUGUUUUUUAUAAUACAAAACAUACACAUACACAUGACAUGGAAACCAAAAGGGUUUUACGUGUAACCAAAAUGUUUUUCUCAAAGGGUUCUCUUAUGGGGACAGCCAAAUAACCCUUUUAGGUGCUAGAUAGCACCUUUUUUUCCAAGUGCGUACUGUAUACUAAGAUGGCCAUUACAUUAGCUAUUCUUCAGGUUAUGGGUUUCGAACCUCAUGUUUUUCAGGUACCCCAUUCCGUUUCACACUUACUAGACUUGCUCUCACUCUUUUCUCCACCCUCUGUGUGUGUGUGUGUGUGUGUGUGUGUGUGUGUGUGUGUUUGUGUGUGUGUGUGUGUGUGUGUCAGUCUAGCGUUUGGGAGCUGCAAUGGUGUGGCGGUGGUGGACUACAUUCAGAAGACCAUCCUGAUGUGUGUGAGCACGCUGGACCUGUACGGAGCCGCUGACCCCUACCAACGCCUCACACGCUCCCCACGCAGGAACAGACAGUCCACCUCAGGUAUGGGGAGCACACACCCUGUGUUCCUCACACAUACACACACACCACACACACACACACACCACAAAAAGGACUCGUCCCCCCCCUCUCUUUCUCUUCUCUUCUCUCACCCAUCUCUCUCCUCUCCUCCCCUCUCUCCUCACCCUCGUGCUCAUCUCUCCCUCAAACUCAUCUCUCCCCCCUCUGCUCUACUCUCCCCCCCUCUCUCUGCUCUCCCCCAGGAAGCGGGCCGCUCGAACUCUACGUCUCUAGUCCUCUCGUUGCUCCUCUCUCUCUCCCCCACGCAUCCCACCCCUCUGUAGCAUGAGAUAACUCUCCGCCCAAGUCUCGUCUUCGUCACAAUCUCAUGCCCCUCGCCUCUCUGCUUCCCCCCUGGUCAACUGUCUCUGAACGGCGGGCGAGGUCCGAUCCCGGGCGGGUCCACGCUCCGUCGGCCCUGCCCAGACCUAGCCGCGUGGAGUAAGGGAUCUACCUUGCAUUACGUCUUCUUCAUACGCCCCGCUCUCCUCCUGCUCUCGUAAUGCUCCUCCCCUCUCUCCUUCCUCUCUCUCUCUCUUUCCGUCCCCUUCUCAGGUUUUCUCUCUCUGGCGGCUCUCACUCUCUCUCCCCUCCGUCUCUCUCUUCUAAGGGGGUAUAGUAAACUCUUCUCUUCUCUCUUCCGCACCCUCCGCGCGGGUACAAAGUCCAACCCACUCUUCUCCCCUCUCUCGUCUCUCAGCCCUCUCGUCUCUCUCGACUUCUCUCUCGUGGUCCUCCCUCUCUCUCACUCGUCUCUCUACGUGCUCUUGCCUACAGUCGCGUUCUGCUCGUGCUAUAGGGUCUUUGAAGGUCUCGUCCCGAAUGGCCCCUCCUCGGCUUCUCGUCCUCUUGCUCCUUUCGUUAAAUGUGAUCGUCCCUUUCCCCAUUCUCUUAUCAUCUCUCCGUCCCCUUCUCGUUUCUCCUUCUCCUUGUCUCUCGAUCCCCCCCUAGUAUGCGAUAGCGGUCUGAGUGUCGACAGAACUCAAUCCGAUAGGAAGAUGAAUCGCGACGUUACAGACAGGUUUGCCCCUCGGAAGGCUCGUGCGCCGCUCCAUGAAUAGGGGCGUGCCGUGCGAUAGGGGAGUGGAGAGCGGGCAUCGGGAGUCCGUACCUUGCUAGCAGACAUCGUCUUCAUGCUCUCCAACGCAGGAUGCGUCUACUGAAUUGGCGCCAUUACUCUGCGUGUCUGAGUCUCCGAGCGUCUCUGGAAAUCUCCUCCUCCGGGGCUCUCUCUCUCCAAUCCUCUGUCGAGCAUCCUCUUCUGCCUCUCUCUCUCCUCAGUCUCGAAGUUCGGGCCCUUCAUCUCUGUGUAAGGAGAGUCGACGGGCUCCUCCGGCGCUCUUCGUAUGGAUCUCUUCUCUCACUCUCAUCUUCUCUCGUCGGGCUUCAUCUCCUCUGCACGUGCUUGUCCCAGCUUCCGUUCUGUGCGCUACCGCUCUCAGAAUGGAGACGUCCCUCAACUCGUGACCUGGCAUGACCUAGUGAAUGGGACCUGGGUACGUGUCUCUUCGGGUCCAAGGCGUGCGACUUCAGUCGCUUUCAACCUCGAGCAAUCACUCAUCAAUCCGCUCUUCUAUGGAAUGUUGCCUCGGACCUUGGCUCGUACGUAUGCUCUAUCAUCGUCUCGCGCAAGCAUCCCUCUCCCGGAUAGACAGGAGCUCCCCUGCUGGCUUCCCAUGCUGGCCCUCUCGACAAUGCCCCCUCUACAUGAGGCCCGCCCACAGGGGUGGGGGCGAGCUCCAAGUUCGCCGUGCACCUGAGCCACCACCCUCCCUAACAGGCCGCGACACCCCCCCCCGUUCUUUUGCGGGGUGUGCGCUUCUGCGCAUGCCCCAUGAUGCCUCCCCUGCUCGGUCGUGACACAAGCGUGAUCCACGUGCGAAUGCUCGCCUCCCUCCGAGCGAGUAUCAUUGGCAGGGCGGCAAGAGGGUACGCUCCCUCUCUCUCGUUCUCCGUCUUGCCCCUCUCUCUCUCUCGAUCGUUCCUUCCACUCUCGUUUGUGCAGCGAUUUUCGAAACAACGUCUCUUCCGGAGGAGACCGUCUCUCUGCCAGUCAUGGUGUUGGCGUUCUUCCGUACGUAGAGCCUCCAUCAGGAGAUCUCUCCAAAUCGUAUCAACGUCGAAUCAAUCAUCGUGUACUCCGUAUACCCCCUCAAAAUCGAAUGUGUCUCACUUCACCUCUCCACGGCCAGUGCUUGCGGUCUCUCUCCGGCUCUCUGGCCUCUCUUACAUUGGCUCGUCCUUCAUCACUGCCUCUUCGAUCCCCAGUCAUCUCCGACCUCAGUCUCGCGCUACUGACUCCCCGUAUCCGGAGCGUCCGUUCGCGUCCCGUCUCUCUGUCGGUGUGCACUGGUGCACAUCCCUGUCAGCGCCCUCAGACGAUGUGGAAUACUCAUCAACUCUCGGCUCAAGUUCCGUUCUCGACUCCGGCAAUAUAAGCCCUCUCAUCUCAGAAUUCACAGGGACACCUUCGGUCCACCUCAAGUCGAGGGCGUCCUACUCUCGUCCACCGUCGAGGGGGAUACGGCGUACUCGAGUCGUCCUAAACGACGUAGGGCGUAAAUCGACGAUGACGGGGUGCUAAAGAUGAUGUACCCAUUGGGCAAAGGUGUUCUCCGACACAAGGACGUCGCUGAUCUCUCUCACAUCCUCAGGCCCCUUCAGCGUCCUCUCUCUCUCUGCAUUCUCUCCGUUGCGUACUGCAAUCGCUCUGCGCGUCUCUCAGAUCCGAUCUCUCCCUCUCAAUUCAGAGGGGGUCAGAUCGUUCGCGCCAUGGGGACUCAACUUCUUUGUCCCUUCGUUCAGUACUCUCAUGCCACUCAUGCUCACAGUCGCGGUCUGGAGUCAAAGAAGGGGAGGACUGAACUCGAGGCGUGCUUCUCGUCCUGUCAUCCUUCAGUCCCAUAGUAGCCUCAUAACUCCAAGGCGAAAUCUGCAAUGAUGUGUGUUAGGCGUCCUUCAGCUCAGCAUCUCGGAUCAAUCUGCCGGACCGUUCGGGGGGUCUCUCUCUCGAUCUCUCUCUUCUCUCUGUUCUCGUCGUCUCUCAGUCCUCUAUCUGCUGCUCUCUCUCUCCCCCUUGAUUCUUUUUUAGUUUCUGGUUCUGUCGUGAACCGAAUCCACUCUCCUCUAUUUCUGUCUCUAUGUCAGCUGUCCUUUCUUUCUCUUUCCUGUCUCUUUUCCUAACCUCCCUGUCUCUUUUCCUAACCUCCCUGUCUCUUUUCCUUACCUCCCUGUCUCUUUUCCUAACCUCCCUGUCUCAUUUCCUAACCUCCCUGUCUCUUUUCCUAACCUCCCUUUCUCUUUUCCUAACCUCCCUGUCUCUUUUCCCAACCUCCCUGUCUCUUUUCCUAACCUCCCUGUCUCUUUUCCUAACCUCCCUGUCUCUUUUCCUAACCUCCCUUUUCUUUUUCCUUACCUAUCCCUGUCUCUUUUCCAACCUCCCUGUCUCUUUUCCUUACCUCCCUGUCUCUUUUCCUCCUAACCUCCCGUCCGCUUUUUCCUACUCAUCCCUUCCCUCUUUUCCUAACCUCCCUUUCUCUUUUCCCAACCUCCUGUUCGUUUCUUCCUAACCUCCCCUUCUCUUUCCUACUACCCUCCCUGUUCUCUUUCCGACCCUCCCUGUCUCCCUACAAUACAUAUACAAAACAAAAACGCCCCCCCCUCCUAUUCACAACCAACCAACCAAUCACAUGAGGUGCAUGUGACCAGCUGCAUUCCACGGUGGCAUCAUGUGCAUGUUGUGGUUCUUUCAGUUACUUCUGCUUGAGCACUACUCUUAGAUAAAAGCUACCGAAGCCCCUUUCAGACCAGGGUUCACUAACUGGUGGCCUGCCGGCCCAAUUUGGCCUGUGGGGGAUCUUAUUUGGCCCCUCCCAACUUUUUGGGGGGAAUUAACACUGUAAAAACAGCAGCAAAUCAGUUCCAAGUGUUUUUUAUUUGGAAGUCUUUUCCAAAGCAUUCCAAUGCAAAAUAGAGAGAUAUAUUUGAUUGUAUACAAAUGUAAGCAAGAUUUGCAAUUAUUAUGUUUUAGUAAAAUAUGAUAUCUGUUUGGGCUUCUUGUUGUCAAUUUGCAGUCUACAAAUUAUUUGUAAUUAUGUUCUGGCCCCCUGACCAUCCGCUCAAGAACAAAUCGGCCCGAGGUUGAAUCUAUACUGAAGAAAAAGAUAAACGCAACAUGCAACAAUUUCCAAGAUUUUAUCUGAGUUACAGUUCAUAGAAGGAAAUCAGUCAAUUGAAAUAAAUUCACUAGGCCCUAAUCUAUGGAUUUCACAUGACUGGGCCGGGGCACAGCCACUGGGGAGCCAGGCGCAGCCAAUCAGAAUUAGUUUCUCCCCACAAAAGGGCUUUAUUUCAGACUCCUCAGUUUCAUCAACUGUCCGGAAGGCUGGUCUCAGAAGAUCCCGCAGGUGAAGAAGCCGGAUGUGGAGGUCCUGGGCUGGCGUGGUUACACGUGGUCUGCGCAUGUGAUGCCGGUUGGACGUACUAACAAAUUCUCUAAAACAACGUUGGAGGUGGCUUAUGGUAGAGAAAUAAACAUUAAAUUCUCUGGCAACAGCUCUGGUGGACAUUCAUGCAGUCAGCAUGCUAAUUGCAAUCUCCCUCAAAACUUGAGACAUCUGUGGCAUUGUGUUGUGUGACAAAACUGCACAUUUCAGUGGCCUUUUACUCUCCCUAGCACAAGGUGCACCUGUGUAAUGAUCAUACUGUUUAAUCAGCUUUUUGAUAUGCCACACCUGUCAGGUGGAUCGAUUAUCUUGGCGAAGGAUAAAUGCUCACUAACAAGGAUGUAACCAAAUUUGUGCACAACAUUUGAGAGAAAUAAGCUUUUCUGUGCUAAUGGAACAUUUCUGGGAUAUUUUAUUUCAGCUCAUGAAAUGUGGGACCCAAUACAUUAUAUUAUGUUGCGUUUAUAUUUUUGUUCAGCAUAGUUGAUGAUCCAUGCUUUAGACUGACACCCUUCUCCUACUAAUCUGGACUGGUGCUAGCAAGCUACUCACUGUGACUACACACUCCUCCUAGCCCCGUCCACCACUCCUCCCUCCCCCUCCACCACUCCUCCCCCCCUCCACCAUUCCUCCCAUCCCCCUCCACCACUCCUCCCUCCCUCCACCACUCCUCCCUCCUCCUCCACACUCGCCUCCCUCCCUCCCCCUCCAGCACUCCUCCCCUCCCUCCCCCUCCAGCACGCCUCCCUCCCUCCCUCCCCCUCCCCCCCCCCCCCCCCCCCCCUCCCCCCCCCCCCCCCACCCUCCUCCCCCCCCUCCCCCUCCCCCUCCCCCUCCCCCCCCCCUUCCUCCCUCCCUCCCCCCCCCCUCCCUCCCCCUCCCCUCCUCCCCCCCCCCAAUUUCCCCCCUCCCCCCAAUUCCCCCCUCCCCCCCCCCUUCCCCCCCCUCCCCCACUCCUCCUCCCCUCCCCCCCCCCCCUCCCCUUCCCCCCCCCCUUCCUCCUCCUCCCCACCCCUCCCCUCCCUCCCUCCCCUCCCCCUCCUCCCUCCCUCCCCCCCCCCCACCCCCUCCUCCCCCUUUCCUCCACCCCCCCCCUUCCCCCCUCCUCCCCCCUCCCCCUCCUUUCCCCUCGCCCCCCUCCACCCCUCUCCCCCCCCUCCCUCCACCCCCUCCCCCUCCCCCCCCCUUUUUUAAAAAAACCCCCCCCCCCCCUCCUCCUCCACCCUCCCCCCCUCCCCCUCCCCCCUCCCCCCCCCUCCCUCCUCCUCCCCCAUCCCUCCCUCCCCCCUCCCCUCCCCCCCCCUCCCUCCCCCCCCCCCUCCUCCCCUCCUCCCUCCCCCGCCCCCCCCCCCCUCCCCCCCCCCCUCCUCCCCUUCCCCCCCCCUCCCCCCCCCCCCCCCCCUUUUCCCCCCCCCCCCCCCCCCUUUUCCCCCCUCCUAUCCCCCCCAUACUAGCGGUUUUUCCUCUACCCCCACAUAGAUUGAAUAUAUUUAUUUAGUGGGAUCAUUUAAUCCGGGUUUCCUGUCUUUUUUUCUCCCCUGCUACCUACUGGGUUGCGCUUGCCCUUCACUUGUUUUUUUUUCACUCUGGGCCUUUGUGUUUUUUCUCCUCUCUCUCUCUCUCCCUCCUCCUCCUCCUCCUCCUCCUCUCCUCCCUCCCUCCCUCCCUCCCUCCCUCCCUCCCUCCCUCCCUCCCUCCCCUCCCUCCCUUCUGGUGUCUGUGGCUGCUGGUGUGGGCAUGUGGGCUUGCCUGCAGACUUUUGCAUGCGCAGCCUGUCUCACUUUUAUUCUGAUUCAAAGAAAAGGAUCCGUACAUCCUAUCAGAGUAAGUUAGGCCUUCCUCAAGGCAAGGAGACUGGGAAGGGAGACAUGAGGACAAGGAGACUUGUGCGGGAGACAAGGAGACAAGGAGACAAGGGAAUAAGGAAUCAAGGGGACAAGGAAACAGGGAGGCAAGAGGAUUACGGCAAGGGGACAUACCAGAGAGAUGAUUGGAAUGACAUUGAUAGUUAC